GACCUGCGCAAUAGAUUAACCCCCUGCCACCCAACGCCCACCUAAAACGGAGAGGCUCGUCAUCGGUUCACUUGGUCCUACCCCAAAAAAAGACCCGGGGAAACCAAAACAAUAACAAAAUCCAAGAGGCCAAGGGCCGAAGCCGGAGCCGGAGCCGGGGAAGGUGCCACGGAAUUUGCACGUGCCUGGAAAGCCUUUGGACACCUUUCGAGCUCACUUUUUGCUGGAAUUUUUAAUCAAAACUAAAGCGCAGCUAUGCAACAUGAAAGCCGACUGGCCCGCAUGCCACAUGCAUUUAAUAUAUAUUUUAGAAAAUUAAUAAAUAAGUUUAAUAAACAUAUUAGGUAAAAAUGUGGGUUAUUGAUUAGAAAUUCCGGAGAAGAAUUUUACCCAAAAAUGAAAGUGAUUAAUAUCCUAGAUUCGAGUUGAUUGAAUUCCUAUGAAGCAUUGGGAUUGGCUUUAAUAACUUUAUACUUUAGAUAGAUCUAAAUGAGCUGAUAUUUAGCUAAUACCAAAGCUCAUUUAAACGCAAUAAUAAAUACAAGCACUGCACCUCAUUUAUAGAGUUUGGACAUCCAGCGCAGGACCAUGUUAUUCGUGCUCAUUUUUGGACUCUUACUUGUGAAUGCAACUGUGGAGGCCAACUUCAAGAGCCUUUUUUGUACCAUAUACGACAAGGAGUACGGCGAGUUUUUAGAUUGUAAAAUGAAGGCAAUAAACCGGUAUAAGAAGACAAUAAACGUCUUCUACAGGCAGUUAACACAGGCCCAUGAUGUCGUAGUACGUUUGGAAUUUUUGAAAAAAGGAAAUGUCUGGCAACCUUUUCUAUAUAAUGUCUCGGUUAACUUGUGCGAUCUAGUGCAAAAGAACAGAAACUUAGUUGCCAGCAUCGCCAACGCGUACGUGAAACCCUAUGUUACUUUUCAUAAUUCUUGUCCCUUGAAGAAAAAUGGUUGGGUGAAGGGUAACAACUAUGAUGUUAGUAUGGAACAGAUACGAAACCGUUUUCCAGUUGAGCCUGGAGAAUAUGCUGUGCGGAUUACGUUUUCUGAAAACAAUGUUCCAAAACUUUCAUUAAACGCUUCAGCGAUUUAUUCCAACUUCAGAGAAAACUAGGCUUAAUUUUUUAAAUAUAAAUACAGUAAUGAUAUUUUAAAAUCAAAUCACGUUCGGAUUUAAAUGAAAAAUGUUUACAACUGUCAUUAUGGGUGAUUAGCUCUUGAUUGAAAAUGCAUUAGGUCAUCUCUGCUAAAUAAAUAAAAACCAAGUAGGUCAUAUCUUUGGGUUCAGUUCGAUCAUAAAUUGCAAAGCCAUGUUAUUGGUUCGCGUCCUUGGAUUGCUUCUAAUGGCUUCUGUGAUUGUAGAGGGAAAGUUUAAAAAACUCUUCUGUACCCUCUAUGAUAAGGAAUAUGGCGAAUUUAUAAAUUGCAGAAUAAAGGCGAUCAAUCGAUAUAGGAACUCCAUCAACAUAUACUAUAGGCAGAUAUAUCCUGCCGAAAAUGCCAUGGUAAGUUUCCAUAAUUGAAUUGAAAAUAAGUAAACAUAAUAUUAUUUCCAGGUUCGAUUGGAAUUUUUUAAAAGAGCCAAUGGUUGGCGUCCUUUCCUGUAUAACUUUACAUUUGAUUUAUGCGACUUUUUAAGAGGGAAGACCAACUUUCUGGCCAGACUUUCCUACACCUACUUGAAACCAUAUAUCAUCCUCAACUAUACCUGUCCCUUUAAGGUAAAUCAUUUUAUAUACAACAAAAACAAAAAGUUUAAAAUUUAACAUUUUCAGGAGAACGAUUGGGUGAAAUGUGAUAAUUUUGAACUUGAUUUGGAGCAUAUUCGGAAGCGUUUUCCCUUUGAUACAGGGGAAUACGCGGCACAGGU